AUGCCUGGUGUUCCUCCCGAUGCCGUCGAGAGAGUCAAGGGACUCGCGAAACGAACCCUGAAAGGCUUCUUCUCCAAGCGCAACAAGGACAAGCCGCAAGCACAGCAACAGCAACAGCCUGCUGCCCAGCAAACCGCCGCCCCCGCUGCUGAUACUCCACCUCCACCCCCACCGCCCGCGAAGCCUGUCGAGCAGACUCCCACUCAAACUUCGACUCCCGCGAUUACGACAACGACCAACACCCUCACCGCUGCUGCUGCGGCCGCCAACCCGCCGAACACGGGCAAAGAGCUGCCGCCAGCUGGUCCACAGACUACGACUGCUGCAAAAGAUGCUGCUACCACGAAGGACACCUCAACACUGCCCGCGACCGCGGCAGCGACUACAAGCGACGUGAAACAGGACAAAGUCUCGCCUGCGACCUCUGCGGCUGCUGGCAACUCGGAGCCCGUGUCGGCUGUGGAUGAGACGCCACCUGCUCUGCCGCCGAAGAAUGAUGGUUCUGCAGCGGUGCUGAAGCAGAUUGAGACUCCUCCAGCCGAGCAACACACUCCCGCCGCAGCUCCAGCAACGACCACCGAAGCGCCCAAGUCCGUUUCAGCACUCGACGGCACUUCCUCCACCGCGCCGACAUCCGACUCCACCACCGCGAAACCCAACGAGCCCAGUACCGUGACAGCUCCUCUGACCUUGACACCGGCUACAGCUCCAACCGCGGCGAUUCCUGCUGCGGCGGAUAAGUCUGCGGGUGGAAUGAGCGCCACAUCGGGACCGCUGGAGGACUUUCCUUUAGGUGCUGCGAAGGAGUAG